AUGGCGGAGGCCUCGGCGGCCGGGGCCGGCGCCGGCGCCGCGGUUGCCGCGCACCGGUUUUUCUGCCACUUUUGCAAGGGCGAGGUCAGCCCCAAACUACCGGAAUAUAUUUGUCCCAGAUGUGAAUCAGGCUUUAUUGAAGAAAUGACAGAUGAUUCCAGUUUUUUAGGUGGUGGCAGCAGCACAUCAACACAUUUUGCAGAGUUCUGGGACCAUUUGGACCCCACGAUGUUUUUCCAAGAUUUUAGACCCUUUCUAAGUAGCAGUCUCCUGGACCAAGAUAAUAGAGCCAAUGAGAGGGGUCACCAAACUCACACUGACUUCUGGGGACCAAGUCGGCCGCCACGGCUGUCAGUGACUCAAAGAUACAGAUCUCGAGGAAGUACUCGUCCUGAUAGAUCCCCUGCUUUUGAAAGAGUACUACAACAGAUCAUUGCAGGAUUCAUUCCUGGAUCCCCAUUUUCUUGGAGCGGGAUGCUGCACUCCAACCCUGGGGACUAUGCCUGGGGUCAGACAGGGCUUGAUGCCAUUGUAACUCAGCUUUUAGGACAACUGGAAAACACGGGGCCUCCCCCAGCUGACAAGGAAAAGAUCACAUCUCUUCCAACAGUGACAGUAACUCAGGAACAAGUUGAUAAGGGUUUAGAGUGUCCAGUAUGCAAAGAGGAUUACACAGUUGAGGAGGAAGUCCGGCAGUUACCCUGCAACCACUUCUUUCACAGCAGUUGUAUUGUGCCGUGGUUAGAACUGCACGACGCGUGUCCUGUAUGUAGGAAGAGCUUAAAUGGUGAGGACUCUACUCAGCAAACCCAGACCUCUGGGUCCUCUGCAAGCAACAGAUUUAGCAGUGACAGCCAGCUACAUGACCGAUGGACUUUCUGA